AUGAAGGUUGAAACGAGUGCUGUUUUGUUGGCCAUGAUGGGUGUGGCUUCUGCCCGCCCUGAUGCCGUCAGGUUGUUCCGAAAGAACCGCCAUGACUCAGCCAAGGUCAGGCGCGAGGUUCCUCAGGAGCACUCCCACAACAAGUUCCUCACUGGUGUUGGUGCCGCCUUGAACUUGAACAACGUUGACCAGGUCCAAGACCCCGUCUUCGCUCUACUAGGCAACGCCGCUGCUGCUCAGGGUGCCGGCAAAGUCACAAACUUGGACUGCCUGCAACAGCGUGUUGCUGACCAGGCUUUCACCAACGCCAAGGCAGCUAACGAUGUCGAGGGCAUGACCAACGCCCUCAUCUUCCGUGCCCUUGAGAGGAACACUGGUUCCGUCGGCCUUGCCUCCGUUCUUUGCACUGAAACUGCUAAGAACCCUGAGAUCGCCGCUCUUCAACAGCACCAAGACCCCGCCUCAAACGGUGCUGCUGCUCUAAACAAGAAGAUCACUCUUGAGCUAGCUUCUCAGCUCUCGGCGAUCGGCGCCGAUCCUCAACUCGCCUUACAAUCCGGAACAUUCGCACCUGGAAAGGUUGGCGACACAACCGGCGCUGGAAACACGUGCGAUACCGAGGACGACGCAGAGGGUUGCAUUUUCACCCAAAACCUCCUCGUCGAGGAUGCCACUGCCGCCGAGAUCACCGCUGCCGUCGCUUCCGCCGGUGGCAAGGCAAAGGCUGGCAACGCUAACUCUAACGUUGGAAACUCCACUGGUAACGCCGCCGCUGAUGAUGCAUGCGAAGACGAUGCCGCCAGCAACAAUAACGCCGGCGCUGCUACCAACAACAAUGCUGGCGCUGCUACCAAUGCCGGUGCUGCCACUAAAGCAGGCAACGGAGCAACCGCUACUACCGGCAACAACGUCAACACCUUCACCGGCAGCGUCGGCUCCGCCCCCGUUCCCGUAGUCAGCUCCAACGCCGCGAAGCCCUUCUCCGUCAACGGCGCGCAAUUCCUCAACCAAGGCGCAGCCAUCCAGCGCGCCUGCGACGUACAAAAGAACGCCUGCGCGAACGCAGCCAACGGCGGCUCCGCCUCCAUCACCGUCGCCGACUGCGACGCGCAGCAGAAGCAGUGCGUAGCCCAGAACAACGGAGCCAAGCGUCGCCAGGCCGCCGCCGACACCGGCGACUGCGGAUCCCCCGCCAUCUCCUUCGGCAAGCAGUCCGACCGCCCCAACGAGAACGCCUUCGCGCCUGUUGAUAAGAAGGACUUCAACCAUGGAUCCGCGCUCAAGCCUGCUGUCAUCACUAGCUUCAUCUGCCAGCAGCUCGGCUCCAAGUGCGGUGCUAGUGCUGCUACUGUUGAUGCUUGCAAUGAGGGUGCCGAUGCGGCGAACUCGCUUUCGGGCCAGGCUGCUGCUGAUGCGUUCAAUGCUGCGCUUGGUGUUUAGAGAGGGGAUGGAAGGACUGUCUUUGCUCGCUCGGUUUUAGAGGGUGGGCUGGAUGGGAAGUCAUGAUGAAUGAUCGAAAGUAUGGGAUUUUUGUAGAUUUAAGAGUUAAGGGGUUUAUAAGUUUAAAUGUGACGUCUGCUUCGUGAUGAAGGUUCUCUUGUCACUUCAAUAUGUGAGGAAUGAAUGUACGGAACGUUCGCGGUAUCUCGACUUGACAUACGUGAAAUGUUGACUCAUUGUGCUUAGGUAAAAGAUUAGAAU